AACGACGUAGCAACUUAACUGCGUGGUUUAAUAAUUGUUCAAACAAACGAUUCUAAUUCAAGAAGCAACCGGAUUAUGACGUAACAAUUAAUAACAAAGAACGAAAUUCGAAACUUCCAGCGUUGUCAACGAUUGGAAAAAAUAUGUUCAGAAAAUAAUCAACCCAACCCAAAGAACCAACCGCCCCUGUUUAAGGUGUCAACUAACUAUGAGUUUAUCUUGUGAAGAAACAUGUGUUGUGGAACGAACAUUGCGUGCUAAGAAAGAUCCGGCGUUGCUUGACGACCCCCGAGUGUUACGAAACUUACUGGAGCUUGAGGACCGCUACCUCGUGUCUACAAGUUACUUCGAAUGCGUGCAGAAAGAUGUUCAACCUUAUAUGAGGAAAGUUGUGGCUACGUGGAUGAUGCAGGUUUGCGAAGAACAGAAAUGUGAGGAUGACGUCUUCCCUCUGUCCAUGAAUUACCUCGAUCGAUUCCUCAGUGUUCAUCCAAUACAUCGAACACAACUACAAUCAUUGGGGUCAGCGUGUAUGCUCAUCGCGUCCAAGGUGAAAGAAACAUUACCGCUGACCACGGAGAAACUGGUGGUCUACACCGACCAUUCGGUGGGACAGGAUGAAUUAUUGAAGUUUGAGUUGCUGUUGUUGAUGCGAUUGAAAUGGGACGUUCUGUCAAUCACUCCCAUCGACUUUGUGGACCAGAUCCUUCACAGGCUACAUAUGGAUGAAAGCACGGUCGCUGUAGCGAAGAAGCAUGCGCAUACGUUCAUUCAUCUUUGUUGUACAGACCACACGUUCUCCGUGUACACCCCCUCAAUGGUCGCUGCAGGCAGUGUAGGGGCGGCCGUCGUGGGUUUGCAAUCUGCAUCCAGAAUAUGGACGUCAAGACAAUUAUUGUUGGAGAAACUACAUGAGAUAACUGGUGUCGAUCUGGACAUACUUCGCGAAUGCCUCGCUCAAGUAGAAACGACAUUACGCGCCAACUUGCUCCAUAUAUCGAACCACCCAAACAAGAGUGCUGAGCACCCCGGCGACGCUACAGCACACCUUGCAGCCGGCUGUAGACAGGUGGACAACACGCCAACAGACGUUGAUAUGGUAUUCUAGUUCAAACAUCGACAUUUUAUAAACUUUUUUACGAAAACUGCCAUCUCACUACUGCCAACUAGCGAUCGUGCUCUCUACUGCCAACUAGCGACCAUGUUUACUACUGCCAGCGAUCGAGCUCAUUACUGCCACCCAGCGACCGUGUAAAUAUUCAUAUACUCCAGAAAUAUGACACUUGCGGAUUCUGUUUCUCGUUAAUGCGGAUGUUUAAUGCGCGGAUGAAUAUUGACGAAGGUUCGCGAGUGAUGACGUAACGAAUGAUGACGUCACAUGCUUCCCUCUUACACCAACCCUGAUGACGUCACCGGGGAUUUCCCAGAUUUUACCCAGCUCUUCAUUUUAUUUUGUAAAUAAUAAACAUUAUGACGUCACACGGAGUCCCAUUGUUUCAUUGUCGUAACGAUAAUGACGUCAUAAUGCGUGUACACCGCGAUUAUUCCUCAAUUCGAAGGGGAACCCCCUACCUCCCGAAAUCAGCAUCUACAUUAUGACGUCACAGUCCGGUCAAUUGUUACGUUACGAUUGAAAACAAUGAUACGUGUGUGACGUCACAAUGAUACCGAAUCUUUCUAUUGUUUCGAAUAAAAGCCGCGUUUUUAUCUUCCCGUCUUUUACGCCUCCCCCCAUUCCUACAAUCAUACCGGAUGUACAGACAAUAAUCAUUCCACUAUGACGUCAUAUUACCGGAACAAUCGUUUUGUCCUUUAUCGAGAUUAUGUUUUCUUACGUUGUGUGUGGUACAAGAUACGUCAUUACCACGUCAUAAUCAAUUGUAAAUUUUAAAAGAGAGUGCUAUUGUAGUUUUUACCACAGAAAUAUUAUAAACAUAUUUUGGAUUUCUGUAAACCACGUGCUUAGUAGCUGCGUAGACGUUUUGGUAAUUUUACAAAAUCCACGAAAAUAUUUGAUUGGCAAUAAAACAACAAACCUUAA